AUGGUGUGGUGCAUACAGACGGGAAAGCGUCUGGACUUCAAAGAAGAGAGUGUGUGCGCGUUUUUUACGCGAAACAACCUUUCUAUCCCCGCACAUGCAAUAGUGAAGGUUUUCUUGAAGAGGUGUGUGUAUGUCUCGGAGGAAAUCCUGCACCUCAACUCGCAGCUGGACAGGUAUGUCAACAACAGCCAUAUGUACAUUCUGACGCGCCCCGAGCACACAGCAUACGUGUACGUGAACGCCUUUGCAAGGAGCAUUCUUAAUACAUGCGGGAGCCGGAUACCGCUGCACGUGCCAAAGGAUCUCCCGGCUGCGCAGGCUCUGGGCGCGCUGCAGCUUUAUUUCCCUGCGUUUCAGCACUUCUCCUGCUUUUCGCUGUACACCCGGGAGGCAUCCUCCGACAGGGGCACGCUGCGGCAGGUGGGCGCGCAGGAGGCGGUGUGCAGCUUGGGGGGCGCGGUGUAUCUUCAGCCGACGUGUCCCUUUGAGACUGCGCGCAAGCAGCCGCCCUUGUUUGUGGGCGAGUUUUACCAGCUAAAGACGUUCAACAGCAGCACAAUGUUUGCCAAGAAGUACGUUGUGAGCAUAUAUGCGCACUUUCUGUUCGCGCACAAGAAGGGCGAAACCAGCGAGCACGGGCAGACCUUGGAAAUGACGCACGACCUUAUUUCGUACAAGCAGGAGGUCGGAAGCAAGUGCUUUGCUGUCAUAGAGCAGAACGGCACCCGGUGGUCUCUGCACAGCAAGGACAGCGAGGCCGUGAGCGCGCUGCUUUUCCACAUAAAGGAGGCCCCCCGGCACUUUCCGAGAGAAGUCGAAGCAGAGACUGCAAAAAGCUGGGAGAAAAAGUGUGCAAACGUGCAGAGUAUUAUAUCGCACAACCUGACCUCGUCCUCGCUUCCCCAGGCAGCGGUUCUGUUCCCCCAGGACAUUCCCAAGGUGUCCGAGGAGCUGGGCAAAACAAAGCCGCCCGGGGUUCUCAUGGAGAAGCUGGAGCUGCACGUGCAGAGAAGCAUAUGGGACAAUGUGAACAUAGAGUUUAUUAUCUAUCUGCUGGAUCUGCAGGGCGUGCCCCUUACUGCUGAGAUAUACCAGGAGAUUCGGGAGUUUUCUGUGCACCGAAAGCGCAUUCUUGGGAAGAUAAAGCAGAUGAAAGGCUCUCUGUGA